AGAAAAUUAAACCCCGGAACUGGAGCUUGAUAAUCAGUUGCUUCGCGCACACACUGAAGCCACCACGCUCUGACGAAACAUUACGGCGAAGCCUCCGAUCGCCGAUCACAGCCUACCGUCCUAGAAGUCGUCGUCUUCGGUGUUCCCUUCAGGCCAUAUUGUUGCCGGGUGAGAACUCAAAGCUUAUAGGUUGAUUUUCCAUUAGUAGAAUAUAGACUUGAAAAUGAGCUUCCUUUUGAGAUUGAGGCAUAAUUUACCUAUUGGGUUAUCCAGAAAAUCUGUGGUAGCACUAAAUCCAAUUAACUUAAAUGGGUUCACUCGAAGUUUUGGUCAACCUGCAAAGGAGGAGGAAGAGGAAGAAGUUGAGAUUGAUCAGAGAAGGCUCCCAACUGAUUAUGAUCCAGCUACUUUUGAUCCUACAGAGCAUCGUAGUCCUCCAACUGACCGUGUCUUCAGGCUUGUAGAAGAAGUUUCAGGACUCACAUUGGCUGAAGCUUGCGAGUUGGGAGUCAUUAUGAUGAGAAAAAUAGGAAUGAAGGAACCACCAACAGUGGGAGUCAUGAAACCAGGAGCUGUUGGAGUGGCUGGAAUUGCAGUGAAGGCAGCAACAGCAGCCAAGGAGGACAAGAAACCAGAAAAGACUGUUUUUGAAUUGAAACUGGAGUCGUAUGAAGCAGCUGCAAAGAUCAAGGUAAUCAAGGAGGUUAGGAGUUUUACGGAUUUGGGUCUCAAGGAAGCCAAAGACUUGGUGGAGAAGACACCUUCGAUUUUGAAAAAGGGAGUAUCAAAAGAAGAAGGUGAACAAAUAAUUGAGAAGAUGAAAGCUCUUGGAGCUAAGGUUGUCAUGGAAUGAAUGGAAGCUGAUUCGAAAUGUACGACUCCCUGUUAAAAUUUUCUGAAUCUAGUCUCUUCCGCUUUAGACACUAUAGUUAUAAUUUUCUCGUGCAAUCAUUGAGUUUGAAGGGUGGGUGAUCCCUGUUGUAUGGAUUAAAGGGUUUUGGUAUUUUGGGCAUGUCAGGAUCGAUUCAGUCAUAUGAAGAAAUUAUUAGAGCCAUGGCAAACAGUUCUUUUAUU